CUCAUCGGACAACAUGAACCGGCCGAUCAGAAAGGCUCAGUCGCUGCGCUGCUGCUCGGUGCUCGAGGUCAAGAGUAAAUAUGGUGCAGAGUUCAGGAGGUUUUCGAUGGAUCGCUACGAGCCUGGCAGCUAUAAAGACUUCUACAGACUCAUAGUGCGUUUACAUCAGCUAUGGCAUACGGAUGUGUUUAUUGGAUAUGCAGAUGUUCACGGAGAGCUGCUGCCAAUCAAUAAUGAUGACAACUUCUGCAAAGCUGUGAGCUCCACACAGUCUUUACUGCGCAUCUUCAUACAGCUGCGAGAGGAAGCAGAGCAGAGCAGCGCCUGUCCUGGUGAAACGUCCAAAUGCAAGAAACCUGUGAGCCAUAAAAAACCAGCAUUUCAGAUUAGCAAACCACACAACUUCCGUCCCGUUUCCUCCAUCAUUGACGUGGACAUCGUCCCAGAAUCCCACAGGAGAGUCCGUUUGUACCGGCAAAACUCAGACCGUCCUCUUGGCUUCUAUAUUCGUGAUGGCACCACAGUCACUGUCACUCCAUACGGCCUGGAGAAGCGUCCUGGGGUCUUCAUCUCCCGCAUUGUGCCCGGCGGAUUGGCGGCAUGCACGGGUCUGCUAGCCCUCAAUGAUCAGGUCCUGGAGGUGAACGGUAUCGAGGUUUCGGGCAAGACUUUGGAUCAGGUGACGGAUAUGAUGAUCGCCAACAGCCACAAUCUCAUCAUCACAGUCAAACCUGCAAACCAACACAACAACAUCACUCGCAAAAGCUGUGCUUCCUUAACAACGGGACAUUAUUUUGAGAGCACGGAGUCAGUUUGCUAUCCCGGUUUGCCUAUGAUAAUGAAAGCCUAUGGUUUUAAUGGCUCGGAGAGUGAAGAAGAUGUAGAUUUGGUCAUCGAGAGGCCUGUCAAACAUCAACAUUCAUCUCCACAUGUUAGCACUUCAUACAGGCCUCAGGUUUCUCCCAGAAGGCCAAAUUCACUCAUUUCAGCAUCGUCUUUUCGCUCUCAGCCUUGUCUUGCUUGCACUGGACACACCGGGCUAAGGAGUCUGAGCGACAGGCAGGAUUAUUAUGGGUUUAAAUCGGCCAUCAGACAGGAAAGCUGCAGCUCUGGUGAUGUUCGCAACUCAUGGCUGGUCGAUCUGAGUUCUCAUUUACUCCUGCCUCAGGGGGCGAUGGAGGAGGACGGGAUUGUUGUCUUUUUAUAGAAGAUAAACCUUCUGGAAGGACGACACCAAUUAGGGUUGAGAAAUGAGUAUAUAUAAUUGCUGUUGGAGAGGAUUGUUUUUUCUCCAAGGCAUUUGCAUGCAUUGCUCGCAUGUGUGGUUUUUAGUCAUACAUUUUAGGACUCUUUAUAUCUUAAAGGGGACCUAUUAUGCAAAAAAAUUAUGAUGGAUUUAAAUUUAUUUAAGUUAUGAGGGAUUACAAUAUGGAGUUUUAGGAUGCACCAAUGAACACGGUAGUCUUGAUAGACUACCUUCUUCUGAGACUCUUCUUUUGACUUCACAGAGAUAACAUUUUGUUUUAAAUCUGCUGUUAUGCUGAUGUGCAGGUGUUUGUAGCUCCUCCCACUUUUUAAAAGAGGGCUGGGAGCACAAUCUCAUUUGAAUUUAAAGCGACAGUCUCCAAAACGGCACAUUUUGGAUCAAAGCCUAAAAGCGGGCAGUUUCAAAGAGUUAUAAAAAAAUAUAUGUGUGAUAUUUGAGCUGAAAUUUCAAAUACAUACUUUAGGGUCAUCAGAGACGUAUUUUACAUCCUGUAAA